AAAAUAUGAGUGGGUAUCCUAAGUGCCAGUUCCAUGAAGAGUGCACUAGUGUGGGCUUUGUGGUGAAGCCAAGUGAGAAUAGCGCCUUGGAAACAGACCUUUUGGUCUGUGCUUCUUGUGCUAAUACAACUUAUGCUGCAGAGGAGAUUCAUGCAAUCCCAGGUCUUCAUGGUAUUAUCGAUUCAUUGAGAUGAGCUGAAUAUCAUAUUGACAAGAUAAACUUGUUCAAAGAUGAGAAUAAGCUGGAUAUUUGAUGGUCCAAACUUCUCCCUGAUAUCAGAAGAUUCAAGGAAAAACUAGCUGAAAUCAACAAGAGACUUAAGAAGGUACAGAAGAAAGAUAAUCUUAUUGAAAGGGUUAAUUUGCAGAUAAAUUCUAGAAGUUUGAUAAAUGUCCUUUUCAAUUCUGAAUUAAUGAAACAAUACAACAGACAUCUGCAUUGUAAGGAGUUUAAACAAGACAAUUUUUCUAAAAGCAGAACCCAGCCCAUUACAAAUGCUUACCAUACGAUAAAGCUAGCUAAACUCAGGAGUAAGAUCGAAGAAGAAGAACUAAUUCCUCUUUCUGAACAGCUUCAAAAGGCAAAUAAACUUUCCGAAGAAAGACUAAAGAAGAUCCAGGAGCUUACCCAAGAAAAGCUCCAAUUCGAAAAGAAACUAGCAGCUCUAGAGACUCAAGAAAAUCAUGCAUUAGAAGAAGAAAAGGCCAUUAAAGACCAAGAAAUCCAACUUCUCCAACAAAAAGUAAAAACAUUCUCUGAAGAAGAGCAAAAGCUCACAUCCCAGCUAGAAGAGGUCAAAACCGAGUACGAAAACCUCAGUCACCAAAUCGAAGGGUCCAACUACACCCUCUCCCACAGCGAAUACGGGAGCAUCUACUCUUCCAUCAUCGGCAAGAGUAAAAACUUCACUGAACUCUCCAAAAUCUACAUCAAACUUGACAACUCAAAGUACCAAACCCUCCUUAAACUCCUCCAAUUCUUCAAACUCCCUGCUUCUACCUGAGUCUACCUAUUCAACAUGUACCACUACAACUCACCUUCUUUGAUCAAUAGGUUUAUGAAGAAUGCUCUUCACGACCAGAUCAAGCAGUUUAAUUUUAACUUUGGCCAGUGCUCAGGAGAUUCUACUAAGGACUAUAUGGAGACUUUGAAGAAGGUAAUGCCUAGGAUCAAGGGUGUAAUAGAAAUUGGAAAUAUGAAGUUGACAAGAAGAGAUUUUGAAGAUCUGAUUGUUGCUGCUAAGAAUUGUGAAUGCAUUAAGUUCAAUUGGUGAUCUAUUGAGACUGACGGAGAGUGCACAUUUCAGGAUAGGUUGGAUGAUGCCAGCUUUACAAAGAUAGCUUUUGAUUAUUCUGGCAAGGAAGAGUUUAGCAAUUGGAAAGAAAAUGGAUAUCAAAGAUUUAAGAAUAUUGUCAAUGGGCUUGCGAAGGUGGAGAGUGUGAAAGAAAGAGAGAUCCAGGUUGAACUUACUAGAUGCGAUCUGGAUAAACAACUAGCAGAGUACGUAUUUAACGAAGCUGGAAUGGAUAAGGUUACUAUUGAAGGACUUUAGUUGGAGAAAAACCUUUUCAAUA